GGUCAGAGCAGGAGGCACGCAGAGAGAGAGAGGCCACGCAUGAGCGGACGCUAACCCCCACCCCAGCCGCAAAGAGUCUACAUGUCUAGGGUCUAGACAUGUUCAGCUUUGUGGACCUCCGGCUCCUGCUCCUCUUAGCGGCCACCGCCCUCCUGACGCACGGCCAAGAGGAGGGCCAAGAAGACAUCCCACCAGUCACCUGCAUACAAAACGGCCUCAGGUAUUAUGAUCGGGAUGUGUGGAAACCCCAUCCCUGCCAGAUCUGUGUGUGCGACAAAGGCAAAGUCCUGUGCGAUGUAGUGAAGUGUGAGGACACCAAGCACUGUCCCGGUGCCACCGUGCCCCCGGGCGAGUGCUGCCCCGUCUGCCCCGAUGGCGAGGCUUCACUGACAGACCAAGAAACCACAGGAGCCGAGGGACCCAAAGGAGACACUGGCCCCCGUGGCCCAAGGGGACCCGCAGGCAGCCCUGGCCGUGAUGGUAUCCCAGGCGAGCCUGGACCCCCCGGACCCCCAGGACUUCCUGGACCCCCAGGACCUGCUGGAUUCGCAGGAAACUUUGCUGCCCAGAUGUCUUACGGCUAUGAUGAGAAAUCCACUGGUGGAAUGUCUGUGCCUGGUCCCAUGGGUCCUUCCGGUCCCCGAGGUCUUCCCGGCCCCCCUGGUUCACCUGGUCCCCAAGGUUUCCAAGGCCCCCCUGGUGAGCCUGGCGAGGCUGGAGCUGCUGGUCCCAUGGGUCCCCGUGGUCCUGCUGGCCCCCCUGGCAAGAAUGGAGAUGAUGGUGAAGCUGGGAAGCCUGGUCGCCCUGGCGAGCGUGGCCCUCCCGGACCUCAGGGUGCUCGGGGAUUGCCUGGAACUGCUGGCCUCCCCGGAAUGAAGGGACACAGAGGAUUCAGUGGUCUUGAUGGUGCCAAGGGAGACUCUGGUCCUGCUGGCCCCAAGGGUGAACCUGGAAGCCCUGGUGAAAACGGAGUCCCUGGUCAGAUGGGUCCCCGUGGUCUGCCCGGUGAGAGAGGCCGUCCUGGAGCCCCUGGCCCUGCUGGUGCUCGUGGAAAUGAUGGUGCUACUGGUGCUGCGGGUCCCCCGGGUCCCACUGGCCCCGCCGGACCUCCAGGCUUCCCUGGUGCUGUGGGUGCUAAGGGUGAAGCUGGUCCUCAAGGAUCCCGAGGCUCUGAAGGUCCCCAGGGUGUGCGUGGAGAGCCCGGCCCCCCUGGUCCCGCUGGUGCUGCAGGCCCUGCUGGAAACCCUGGUGCUGAUGGACAGCCUGGUGCUAAGGGCGCCAACGGCGCUCCCGGUAUUGCUGGUGCUCCUGGCUUCCCUGGUGCCCGUGGCCCCUCCGGACCCCAGGGCCCCAGCGGCCCCCCUGGUCCCAAGGGUAACAGUGGUGAACCUGGUGCUCCUGGCAACAAAGGAGAUGUUGGAGCCAAGGGAGAACCUGGCCCUGCUGGUGUUCAAGGCCCCCCUGGCCCUGCUGGAGAAGAAGGAAAACGAGGCUCCCGAGGUGAACCUGGACCUGCUGGCCUGCCUGGACCCCCUGGCGAGCGUGGUGGACCUGGAAGCCGCGGGUUCCCUGGUUCUGAUGGCGCUGCUGGUCCCAAGGGUCCUGCUGGGGAACGUGGUUCUCCUGGCCCUGCUGGCCCCAAAGGUUCUCCUGGUGAAGCUGGUCGCCCCGGUGAAGCUGGUCUGCCCGGUGCUAAGGGUCUCACUGGAAGCCCUGGCAGCCCAGGACCUGAUGGCAAAACUGGUCCCACUGGUCCCGCUGGUCAAGAUGGCCGCCCCGGCCCACCCGGUCCCGCUGGUGCCCGUGGUCAGGCUGGUGUGAUGGGUUUCCCUGGACCCAAAGGUGCUGCUGGAGAGCCUGGCAAACCCGGAGAACGAGGCGCCCCCGGGCCUGUUGGUGCUGUGGGUCCUGCUGGCAAAGAUGGAGAAGCUGGAGCUCAGGGUGCCCCUGGCCCUGCUGGUCCUGCUGGUGAGCGAGGAGAACAAGGCCCCGCUGGCUCCCCCGGAUUUCAGGGUCUCCCUGGCCCCGCUGGUGCCCCUGGAGAAGCUGGCAAACCUGGUGAACAGGGUGUUCCCGGAGACGUGGGUGCUCCCGGCCCAUCUGGAGCCAGAGGCGAGAGAGGCUUCCCCGGAGAGCGUGGAGUGCAAGGGCCCCCCGGCCCCGCAGGCCCCCGUGGGUCUAAUGGUGCUCCUGGCAACGAUGGAGCUAAGGGUGAUGCUGGAGCUCCUGGAGCCCCCGGCGGCCAGGGCCCCCCUGGUCUUCAGGGUAUGCCCGGUGAGAGAGGUGCAGCCGGCCUUCCAGGACCCAAGGGCGACAGAGGGGAUGCUGGUCCCAAAGGUGCUGAUGGUUCUCCUGGCAAAGAUGGCGUCCGUGGUCUGACUGGCCCCAUCGGUCCCCCUGGCCCUGCUGGUGCCCCUGGUGACAAGGGUGAAAGUGGCCCCAGCGGCCCUGCUGGUCCCACCGGAGCCCGUGGUGCCCCAGGAGACAGAGGCGAGCCUGGUCCCCCUGGCCCUGCUGGCUUUGCUGGCCCCCCUGGUGCUGAUGGCCAACCUGGUGCUAAAGGCGAACCUGGAGAUACUGGUGCUAAAGGCGACGCAGGCCCCGCUGGCCCCGCUGGCCCUACUGGACCCCCUGGCCCCAUUGGCAAUAUUGGUGCUCCCGGACCCAAAGGUGCUCGUGGCAGCGCUGGUCCCCCUGGUGCUACUGGUUUCCCUGGUGCUGCAGGACGCGUCGGUCCCCCUGGCCCCUCUGGAAAUGCAGGUCCCCCUGGCCCUCCUGGUCCUGUUGGCAAGGAAGGCGGCAAAGGACCCCGUGGUGAGACAGGCCCCGCCGGACGUCCUGGUGAAGUCGGUCCCCCAGGCCCUCCUGGCCCUGCUGGCGAGAAAGGCUCUCCUGGUGCUGAUGGUCCUGCUGGCUCCCCGGGUACCCCCGGACCUCAGGGCAUUGCUGGACAGCGUGGUGUGGUUGGUCUGCCCGGUCAGCGAGGAGAACGCGGCUUCCCUGGACUUCCCGGACCCUCUGGUGAACCCGGCAAACAAGGUCCUUCUGGAUCAAGCGGAGAACGUGGCCCCCCUGGUCCCAUGGGCCCCCCUGGAUUGGCUGGACCCCCUGGCGAGUCUGGACGAGAGGGAUCUCCUGGUGCUGAAGGCUCCCCCGGACGAGAUGGUUCUCCUGGCCCCAAGGGUGACCGUGGUGAGACUGGCCCUGCUGGACCCCCUGGAGCUCCCGGAGCUCCUGGUGCCCCUGGCCCCGUCGGCCCCGCUGGCAAGAGUGGAGAUCGUGGAGAGACAGGUCCUGCUGGUCCUGCCGGCCCCAUCGGCCCCGCUGGAGCCCGUGGCCCCGCUGGACCCCAAGGCCCUCGUGGUGACAAGGGUGAGACUGGCGAGCAGGGCGACAGAGGCAUGAAAGGCCACCGUGGUUUCUCUGGGCUCCAGGGCCCACCUGGUCCUCCCGGCUCUCCUGGUGAACAAGGUCCCUCUGGAGCUUCUGGUCCUGCUGGUCCCCGAGGGCCCCCUGGAUCCGCUGGUGCUGCUGGCAAAGAUGGACUCAACGGUCUCCCUGGCCCCAUUGGCCCACCUGGUCCCCGAGGUCGCACUGGUGACUCUGGCCCUGCUGGUCCCCCUGGCCCUCCUGGCCCCCCUGGACCUCCCGGUCCUUCCAGCGGCGGUUUCGACUUCAGCUUCCUGCCACAGCCACCUCAGGAGAAGUCCCACGAUGGCGGCCGCUACUACCGGGCUGAUGAUGCCAAUGUGGUCCGUGACCGUGACCUCGAGGUGGACACCACACUCAAGAGCCUGAGCCAGCAGAUCGAGAACAUCCGGAGCCCUGAAGGCAGCCGCAAGAAUCCCGCUCGCACCUGCCGUGACCUCAAGAUGUGCCACUCAGACUGGAAGAGCGGAGAGUACUGGAUUGAUCCCAACCAAGGCUGCACCCUCGAUGCCAUCAAGGUCUUCUGCAACAUGGAAACAGGCGAGACCUGUGUGUACCCCACUCAGCCCAGUGUGGCCCAGAAGAACUGGUACAGCAGCAAGAACCUCAAGGACAAGAGACACGUAUGGUUCGGCGAGAGCAUGACCGACGGCUUCCAGUUCGAUUAUGGCAGCGAGGGCUCCGACCCCGCCGAUGUGGCCAUCCAGCUGACGUUCCUGCGCCUGAUGUCCACCGAGGCCUCCCAGAACCUCACCUACCACUGCAAGAACAGCGUGGCCUACAUGGACCAGCAGACAGGCAACCUCAAGAAGGCCCUGCUCCUCCAGGGCUCCAACGAGAUCGAGAUCCGCGCCGAGGGCAACAGCCGUUUCACAUACAGCGUUCCCUUCGAUGGUUGCACGAGUCACACGGGAGCCUGGGGCAAGACCGUGAUCGAGUACAAAACCACCAAGACCUCCCGUCUGCCCAUCAUCGAUGUGGCCCCCUUGGACGUUGGUGCCCCAGACCAGGAAUUUGGCUUAGACAUCGGCCCUGUCUGCUUCCUGUAAACCCUCAUUCACAAUCUGGCUCCCUCCCUCCCAGCAUCCCUGCCCCUGGAAACAGACAGACCACCCAAAUGGAACCCCCACCCCCAAAAUCCAAAAAAUGGGAGAUAAUUUCACAUGGACUUUGGAAAUUUUUUUUCCCUUUGCAUUCAUCUCUCCAACUUAGAAUUUUUUCUUUGACCAACUGAACAUGACCAAAAUACGAAAAAAGUGCAUUCCACCUUACCAAAAAAAAAAAAAAAAAAAAAGAAUAAAUAAAUAACUUUUUAA